CGCCAUGGCGUCGGCAGACGUUAAAAAAGUGUUGGAGCUGAAACUUCAGCUGAAAGAAAGCACCGAAGGACACACGCUUGUGAAGACCUUGAAGAAGCUUCAAGAACUGGAUAUAACCCUUGAAAUUCUUUCUGAGACUGGGAUUGGUAAGGUGGUAAACUCCUUUCGCAAACAUGAUGAUGCAGGGGAAGUGGCCAAAACGUUAGUGCAUCGAUGGAAAAAAUUGGUUCCGAAUCCAUGUAUUUCACAGAAUCACCUAUCCACUCCAAAGGAACCAUCUAACACUGAAAAUCAACAAACAGGCCAAGAUGAAAAGACUCAGGCUUUACAGAAUGCUGUCCGUUCCGAAAGGAAGCCUAAGAAUGAAAACUCAGUUUCUGAACGCACACUUUCAAAGCAUGAUGAUGGUAAAAGUAAAGUGAAGCCAACCACAAAUAAAUUGAAAGACCACGUAGAUGACAAAAAAGAUGUCACAAAGAAGGACUCUGAUGUGGGCUUAAUGUCAAAGAUUUCAGUCACAGAUGAAAAAUCAUUCCAGCCAAAAGAGAAAUCAACCACCAGUUUGCAAGCAGAGCGAAUGAAUGAAGGCAAGCAUAACGUUUCUGAUUUAUCAAAUAAAGCUAGGCCUAAAAUGUCCACAAAAGGUAAAAAUAGUUCUUUGAAGGAAGAAAGCAAUUUGAGUGAUGUAAAAAAGGGUAAAAAAGAUGAAAAAAGGAAAGAAAAAGCAUCAAAGAUGGAGAAGGACGUUGAGAGUGAUGGCUUUGAAACACCGUCCAUGUCUUUUGAGGAUUAUUUAAGUUAUGAUCUUGGAACUCUAAAACGGAAGAAGAGGUUGUGUGAGAGUAACCUGAAGCGCAUUAAGAUUGACCAAAAACGGGAUGUUGAAACGUGCAACUUCCACACAAAGUUAGGAAAAUCCAUUAGAGAAGCCCCAACUACAGUGGCCUCAAGGAAAUGCGUGAUGGACUUGCUUAAUGUGCCAUUACCCACAAUUUCUCCAGAAUGUGAGGAUUCUUCUCAAUAUCAGUACUUUACAGAAAAGAAAGUUGAAGAAAAAGUUGCAGAGGUUUGUGAAGAAGCCCCAGUGUUCACUGGUCAGCGGCUAAAUAAGAAGAUGCAGGUAUACUCUGGGACUAAGGUUGUGUACCUUCCCACCAUGAUGACCUUGUACCAGCAAUGCAUCCGAACACUACAAAACAACAUUGACUCACUUUAUGAAAUUGGAGGUGUGCCAUUUGAAAUUUUGGAGCCUGUGCUGGAGCGGUGUACACCGGAUCAGCUGCUGCGGAUUGAAGAAUGCAAUCCUGUGUACAUAGGUGUGACGGAUCAUUUGUGGGAGAGGCACUGCAUCAGGGAUUUUAGAAACGCCAUAUUGCAAGAAUAUGAGUCCUGGAGAGAAAUGUACCUCCGACUUUUUGAACAACGAGAACGCAAAUUCCAUGAGCUCACCAAGAGCAUAGUCUCUGCUCACUCUGGGAAGCCCAAAGGAAGACAGGUGAAAAUGGCGUUUAUUCAUUCAGCUGCCAAGCCACCUAGAAACGUGCGUAUCCAGCAGGAACUGCAUGGCACAGCAGGCCCUGGGCUCCCUCAUGCCGCAGAGAAAGUCAGUGGAAGAAUUACGGAGAAUAGAGGUAGAACUGGCUUAACUGAGUCUCCUAAGCCCUUUAACACUGGAUCAGGAGCCAGUCAGCCCCAAGACCCACGCAGGAUCAGACGAGUGGCACCAAUGAUGGCGAAGUCUCUGAAAGCCUUUAAGAAGCAGUUAGGACGCAGAUGAAAAAAGAAGGUGAUGGA